CUGAUAAUGAAGGUUAUAACUCAUUUUGGCAACAUUUUCGAAUUAAACUUGUUACAUUUAAUACAAUUGUUGCUAAAUUGGAGGCUCAUUCAGCUUUUAGUUAUGAAGCACCUAAUUCCAUACUUUUUGCUAAUAGAACAGGUAUUCGAAUACUAGAACAAACUCUUAGAAUAAGUCAAGAAUCAGUAUGUCACUUUACUGAUAGGUUUUUGAAAGCAUUAUUAGAUAUAGAACAAGGAAAAAUAAUGUGGUCACAAGGAUCAAAAUUAGCAACUAUAACACAAGGGUUUGAACAUGGAAUAUCAGGCUUAGAAAAUAACUUACCUAAUAUCAUUGGAGUAAUGGAUAAAUCUCAUAUUCCAAUUCAUCUUUCUUCAAAAAAUAGUUUCUGA